AUUGUCAAGAAAUACGAGAAAACAAAAAAAAAAACACGAGAGAGAAAAAGAGAGCUAGAGAGAGAGAGAGAGAUGAGAAGUAUAUCAAACUACCACCAUGCUUACACCUUCAUCAGGUUCAUCUUGUUUGUCUUAAUUGUGUUUCAAGCUUUCUCUAUCUCUGCCAAAACUUUGUCGGCUACAGAAUCUCUUACCAUCUCAAGCAAUAAAACCAUAACAUCCUCUGGAGAAAUCUUCGAGCUAGGUUUCUUCAAUCUCCCCUCAACUUCUUCUCGUUGGUAUCUCGGAAUCUGGUACAAGAAAAUCUCCCGAAGAACUUACGUAUGGGUUGCGAACAGAGACAACCCUCUUUCUAGUCCCAACGGAACUCUCAAAAUCCUCGACAAUAAUCUCGCAAUAUUCGACCAAUCCGAUACACCUGUAUGGUCGACCAAUCUGACCGAAGGACACGUGAGAUCGGCAGUUGUUGCCGAGCUUCUUGAUAACGGUAACUUUGUUCUCAGAGUCUUGAACAGUAAUGGGUUCUUGUGGCAGAGUUUUGAUUUUCCGACAGACACUCUACUUCCGGAGAUGAAACUAGGCUGGGAUAACAAAACCGGACUCAACAGAUUCUUGAGAUCCUGGAAAGCUCCAGACGAUCCAUCAAGCGGAGAUUUCUCAACUAAGCUCAAAACCAACGGGUUCCCUGAGUUUUACGUAUGCAACAAAGAGUUGAUAAUGUACAGGAGCGGUCCGUGGAACGGGAUCAGGUUCGGCAGCGACGUACCGGAGACGAAACCAACUGAUUACCUAGUUUACAAUUUCACAGCGAGUAACGAGGAAGUGACCUACUCAUACCUGGUCACUAAAACCAACAUUUAUUCGAGAAUAAUCCUAAGCUCCACGGGUUUGUUUGAAAGACUAACUUGGCUUGAGACAGCCAAGACUUGGGACCAACUAUGGUACUCACCAAAGGACCAAUGCGAUAACUACAAACAGUGUGGUAGUUAUGGUUACUGCGAUUCGUCAACUUCACCGAGUUGUAAUUGUAUAAAAGGGUUUGAACCGAGGAAUGAGCAAGUCCCGGGGUUGAGAGAUGAUUCUGAUGGUUGCCUAAGGAAGACGAGGCUGAGCUGUAAGGGCAGAGAUGGGUUUGUCCGGUUGAAGAAGAUGAAACUGCCGGAUACUAAGGCGACGAGUGUGGACAGAGGUAUUGGGUUGAAAGAAUGCGAAGAGAGGUGUUCAAAAGAUUGUAAUUGUACAGCGUUUGCUAGUUCGGAUAUUCGUAAUGGCGGGUCGGGUUGUGUGGUUUGGACCGGAGAGAUUUUGGACGUACGAAACCAUGCAAAUGGUGGUCAGGAUCUCUACGUUAGACUAGCCGCUGCUGAUCUCGAGGACAGGAGGGGCAGAAACAGAAAAAUCAUAGGUUUGAGUAUUGGGGUGAGCAUUUUUUUUCUUUUAAGUUUAAUCAUCUUCUGCUUCUGGAAAAGGAAGCAGAAAAGAUUAAUAGCAACUGAAACACCUAUUGGGGAAAGCCAAGAUUCGCUCGUGAAUGAAGUGGUGAUAUCAAGCAAGAUAUAUACAUCUAGAGAAAUGAAAACAGAGGAUCUAGAGCUUCAAUUGAUGGAUUUUGAAACCAUUGCCAUGGCAACAAACAAUUUUUCUGACUACAACAAGCUUGGACAAGGUGGUUUCGGUAUUGUUUACAAGGGGAAGUUACUUAACGGAAAAGAAAUUGCGGUAAAGAGACUAUCCAAAAUGUCUUUACAAGGGGUGGAUGAGUUCAAGAAUGAGGUUAGAGUAAUUGCAAGGCUUCAGCACAUAAACCUCGUCCGGCUUCUUGGUUGUUGCGUAGAUGGGGACGAGAAGAUAUUGAUCUAUGAGUACUUGGAGAAUCUAAGCCUGGAUUCUCAUCUCUUUGACAAAAACCGAUGCUCUAACCUAAAUUGGCAAAUGAGAUUUGAUAUUACCAAAGGCAUUGCUAGAGGACUUCUAUAUCUUCACCAAGAUUCACGCCUUAGGAUUAUCCAUAGAGACUUGAAAGUAAGUAAUGUCUUGCUUGAUAAAUAUAUGAUUCCAAAGAUCUCAGACUUUGGGAUGGCAAGGAUGUUUGGACAGGACGAGAUAGAAGCUAAUACGAGGAAGGUGGUCGGAACUUACGGCUAUAUGUCUCCAGAGUAUGCAAUGAAUGGGAUAUUCUCUAUUAAGUCGGAUGUUUUCAGCUUUGGGGUCUUGCUUCUUGAAAUUAUAAGUGGCAAGAGGAGCACAGGAUUUUACAACUCAACUGGUGACCUUAGUCUCCUUGGUUGUGUGUGGAGGAAUUGGAAGGAAGAAAAAUGGCUAGAGAUCAUAGAUCCGAUCAUCAUAGAUCAUUCAUCAUCAACGUUGCAGAGACAUGAAAUAUUAAGAUGUAUACAGAUUGGUCUCUUGUGUGUUCAAGAACGUGCUGAAGAUAGACCAGCGAUGUCUUCUGUAAUGGUGAUGCUUGGAAGUGAAACUACAGCUAUUCCUCAGCCUAAACAACCAGCCUUUUGCGUUGGCAAAAGUCCUCUUGAGACUCAGUCAAGUAAACAUGGCGACGAUGAAUGGACAGUUAACCAAAUCACCCUCUCGGUAAUUGACGCUCGAUAAAUCUGAAAGCUAAAAAAAUGUGAAAGUUACCAUGCCAGUCUGUUUGUGUACAUAUUAUUUUCUAUGUACUAGUCUCAAUUCAAAGUUCUACCA